CGCGACGCGCGCGCGCGCGAGCGCCGACGGCGCGUCGCGAACGCCGCGUCGCGUCGAUGUCGCGCGCGUCGCGCGUCGCGCGCGUCGCGAUGCGCGACGUCGCGCGCGCGAUGACGGGACGCGACGUCGCGUCGACGGGACGCGCGCGCGGCGCGACGACGACGGCGGCGACGGCGCGGGCGGCGCGCGACGCGAUCGGGGGGACGGGGCGGUGCGCGAGCGCGGGCGCGACGGUGGCGCGGACGCGCGCGCGCGAGCGGGCGGGGACGGGAUGGCGGGCGUUCGAGCGCGCGAGGGGGACGACGAGCGCGAGCGCGAGCGCGAGCGCGAGCGCGAGCGCGAGCGCGGCGACGGCGACGGACGCGAUGCGGCGCGUGAACGCGUUCAUGGUGCGCGAACGCGAGAUUCGAGUGUUCCCGGGGGCGCGGGGACGCGUCGCGACGUCGCUCUCGUCGGUGGCCGGGCACGUGAGUUUUUUGCUGUUGGGAUACAGUUACAUGACGAGCGAUUUGUUGACGCUGAGGGCGCUCGCGGUCGGUGGAUUGAGCGCGGCGGUCGUGUUUCAGUAUUUUCGCGACGUUCCGCUGUGGUUGCCGAUUCGCUGGAACGCGCUGUUCGUCGCGAUUAACGUGUUUUGGGUGGCGAAGUUGUACUACGACGAAUACAACGCGGAACACUGGUGCACGACGGAGGAACGAUCGCUGUACGAUCGACACUUCUCUCACAUGGCGCUGAAUUCGUUCAGAACGCUGUUGAAGCACGGGAAGUGGCGCGACAUCGAGCGCGGAUUCGAGUUCACGAAGGAGGGGAAGAUGAACGAAAACGUGCACGUGCUGAUCGACGGCUCGGCGGAGGUUUACGUCGGCGGGAAAUCCGUCAACUCCAUCGAUGCCGGAUCGUUCAUCGGAGAAAUGAGUUUAAUGCGUUCGAUCGCGGGAUCGAACGCGAAGAAGCAAUCCAAACGUCCGCGCGCGGCGAGCGCCACCGUCGUCGCCGCCGAACGCUGCAGAGUGUUUUCUUGGGACGACGGAGAGUUGCGACAGCUCAUCCAACAGAACGAACAAAUCAAGAGCGGCGUGCAAGCCGCUUUCGGGGUUGGACUCGCUGAAAAGCUACUCACGACGCGCGUGAUGAGCACGAAGGUGUUUGCGCAAGAACCGCAACGCGUCAGUCACGCGCUCGCGUGAGCGACGAAAUUAUUCGCGCCGCCGCUGUACAACGAUAUUUUUCUGGCGAUUUUGUACCAACACGCCACGACACGACGCCACGACGAGAGCGACUUCUUACGAU